AUGGCUGUUGACAGCCCAGAGCACGGGAGCAUGCAGGGCAGCUUAGAGAGCGACAGCAGCCCCAGCCGCGGCCGCCCCUCGGGUAGCAGUGUCCGCGCCAGCGCCAGGCAGCGAGUCGCCAUCGUGGUGAAAACUGUUAAGACCCAGGCGUACCCUGACCAAAAGCCGGGCACAAGCGGGCUGCGGAAGCGAGUGAAGAUGUUCCAGGGCAACGCCAACUGCGAGAAUUUCAUCCAGAGUAUCAUCUCCACGGUGGAACCCGGGCAGCGGCAGGAGGCCACCCUGGUGGCGGGCGUGGACUGCAGGUUCCACAUGGAGGAGGCCAUCCAGCUCAUCGUCCGCAUCGCCGCCGCCAACGGGGUUGGUCGCUUGGUUAUUGGACAGGAUGGAAUUCUCUCCACCCCUGCUGCAUCCUGCACCAUUAGAAAAAUCAAAGCCAGUGGUGGGAUCAUUCUGACAGCCAGCCACAACCCAGGGGGACCCAACGGAGAUUUUGGAAUCAAAUUUAAUAUUUCUAAUGGAGGUCCUUCUCCAGAAGCGAUAACUGAUAAAAUCUUCCAAAUCAGCAAGACAAUCGAAGAGUAUGCAAUUUGCCCUGAUCUGAAAAUGGACCUUGGUGUUCUGGGUAAGCAACAGUUUGACCUGGAAAACAAGUUAAAGCCCUUCACAGUGGAAAUUGUGGAUUCAGUGGAAGCUUACGCCACAGUGCUGAGAAACAUCUUUGAUUUCAAUGCACUAAAAGAACUUUCUGGUCCAAACCGACUAAAGAUCCGUAUAGAUGCCAUGCAUGGUGUGGGGCCAUAUGUAAAGAAGAUCUUCUGUGAAGAACUCGGUACCCCAGCAAACUCAGCCGUAAACUGUGUUCUCCUGGAGGAUUUUGGAGGCCAUCCCCCUGACCCCAACCUCACUUAUGCAGCUGACCUGGUGGAGACCAUGAAGUCUGGAGAGCAUGACUUUGGGGCUGCCCUCGAUGGAGAUGGGGAUCGAAACAUGAUUCUGGGCAAGCAUGGGUUCUUUGUGAACCCUUCAGACUCUGUGGCUGUCAUCGCUGCCAACAUCUUCAGCAUUCCGUAUUUCCAGCACACCGAGGUCCGCGGUUUUGUACGCAGCAUGCCCACAGGUGGUGCUCUGGGUCGGGCGGCUAACGCUACGAAGAUCGCUUUGUACGAGCCCCCAACUGGCUGGAAGUUUUGGGGGAAUUUAGUGGGUGAAAGCAAACUGUCCCUCUGUGGGGAGGAGAGCUUCGGCACUGGUUCUGACCACAUCCGUGAGAAAGAUGGACUGUGGGCUGUCCUCGCUUGGCUUUCCAUUCUGGCCACCCGCAAACAGAGCGUGGAGGACAUUCUCAAAGAUCAUUGGCAAAAGUAUGACCGGAACUUCUUCACCAGGUAUGAUUACGAGGAGGUGGAAGCAGAGGGCGCAAACAAGAUGAUGAAGGACCUGGAGACCCUGAUUUUUGUGGGGAAGCAGUUCUCUGCGGGUGACAAAGUCUACAUUGUGGAGAAAGCUGGUAACUUUGAAUACAGUGACGCUGUGGAUGGAAGCAUUUCAAGAAAUCAGGGCUUGCGGCUCAUUUUUGCAGACGGUUCUCACAUCAUCUUCCGACUAAGUGGCACUGGGAGUGCAGGGGCCACCAUUCAACUGUACAUCGACAGCUAUGAGAAGGAUGUCGCCAAAAUCAAUCAGGACCCCCAGGUCAUGUUGGCUCCCCUUAUUUCUAUUGCUCUGAAGGUGUCCCAGCUCCAAUAA